CGCACGAAACUGUAAGUCAGAGCCAGACAAACAGGUGCUGAGACCCGACAAACACUGUGUCAGCCCCAGAAGGAGAGCGGCCUCAGCGACCCUAAACCACAGGACUGUGUUGUACAAAAUGAGAGGAAGAUACAAAAGAAAGGAUCCGAAAGAAAGAAGCGAUGAAACAACAGACGCAGGGCUCUUCCCUCUCCCUGAGGAAACCGCGGCGAGCAUGGCCGAGCCUGACACACCUCUUCCCGUUUUCACUGUCCAGGAUGUGGGCGGUAAUAAAAAAGGUGCAAGAUGUUCCCUUUAUGGCGGUGAGAAGGUCUACCUUGGAGUACGUGUCAAAAUGCCAGUAAAGGAGCUACUGAGAAACAUCCGUGUGGCCCAAGGCUGGAAACCUCAGGAUCUUCAGGACACAUGCGGCAAAACAGUGAAAGGAGACAAGAAACGAGUCAAAACUCGCACAGGACGCCGAACUACCAAGAGAAAACGCCCAACAAAAAGCCUGGAGGAGCUGGCAAUCAUCGUUGAGGUGCUGGAGGAAGAUCUUAGGACCAGUAACACCUACCGCUCCCCUUCCCAACUUUCCUGCUCAGACCCCCAGUCAGCUCAGUCCCCUGAAUGGUCUCCAACUGGGUACAACAGUGAUGAGUCCGAUGAAAUUAUCCCCAGCCCGCAGUCCUACAUGACCUACUCACCAGGCACAAUAGAGUACUACCAGGCCCCUUCUCCUCCUGGCUUCAUGCACUCUAGCCUUCAGCCUCCCAGCAUUACAAACACAGGAAGAGAGGGUGGAAGAAGGGAGGAGUGGUUUGAUCUCCAGAACAACAGCUGGAACCUGAACAACUCUGCCUUCUUCUGGACCCAGCUGCAGAAGGAGGAGAUCCAGCUGAGGGCCAUCUCCGAUGCGGUACUGCUGGCCACCGAUGAACAUGGCAGAACAGCUCUCCAUAAUGUGGCGUGUGUCGGAAAGAGGGCGCUGGGCUACGCCAUCGCUAAAAGGAUGGCCGCACUCAGCAGCUUGGACCUUAAAGACUCUGAUGGAAUGACCGCCCUCCUGCAUGCGGCGAAUCACAACCAUCACCUUAUGGUGGCAGAUCUGAUCCGCCUUGGGGCCAACGUCAAUGAGACGAACAAUGCAGGAAAGUCCUGCCUCCACCUCAGCGCUGAGAAAGGCUACACCCAAGUCCUGGAGGUUCUGAAGCGCACAAUGAUGGAUGGCGUGUAUGUUGAUGUUGAAGCCACUGAUAAUUGUGGAAUGAGUGUCAUCCAAUGUGCUUCAGUGGCUCUGAAGGCCACAGUAUGUGAGCUGGAAAGCAGCAAAUCCCCCAGUUACACCAGACUCCAAACACUCCGCCAAGAGCAGAUGAUGGAGACCCUGGAGUGUCUGCUGCACAUGGGCAGCUACCUUCAUACCAUGGGAAGCCAGAGCAUGCAGCCUAGAACUGGUUAACCUCUUGGCACAUCCGCCCGGCAGGGCAUCUUGGAGACCCAACAGUAAUGUUCAGAGUUGGUUCAGGCUUGAAUUUGUUGUGGAGAGACCAUAAUUAGUGGGUUUCUUUUCUGUCUAAGAAUGAGUUCAGGCCUGUUAUGUAAAGCAUCUGAUGUUUUGUGUUUGGUAAAAUGCCUGACUUGCAAUCAGGUAUUUAUUGUAACCCGCACAGAAACGUUAGGUGCCCAUUAGCUGGUUUCUGUGAAACUUCCACUGUUUGUUACAUUGGAGUAACAAGUUGUCCUCAGUUAGUGUGUCUGUGGAGAUCCAGAUGUGAAAUCCUACCAGAAUAUUUUAGAAAUAUGACAGUAUAAUGAGAAAGUGCUGGCUUUUUCAUGCCAGUUUUAAAAGCCUGGCCCCUAAAUACAAUAUAUCUAGCACUUAAACUAUAAUGAUGCUACAAACACUUCCCUAUGGAAGUGUUUGUAGCUUACACUGCAAUAUUUAACCAGCAGCUGAACAGGUCAAUAGAUAUGUCAUUAUUCUCUUUUAAAAACUGGACACUAGCCCUCCCCUCUGGGACUCACUUUGAUUUGUAGUCAAAGAGAUUUAGUGCCAUAGAAUUUACAUAUUGGAUCUUUUACAUGACUUUUGUACUAGAGGACAUGACAAGUUUUAGUAAGUAUUGUGUGGUGAUGGGGAAUAAAUAUGUACCUUCACAUGAUUCAGCUCAUUCAAAAACGUUUUAAAAGUUUUUAGCCUGUCAUGUGUGGGGAGUUUUAGUUUUGUUAAAGUAAUACCUCUUAGUAUACACUCACUAUGCACUUUAUUGGGAACCCAUGUACACCUGCUUCUUCAUGCAGUUACCCAACCAGCCAAUCGUGUAACAGCAAUGCAGUGCAUAACAUUAUGAAGAUACAGGUCAGAAGCUUUAGUUAACAACAGCAGAGACCACGUCAGGUCAGGUCGUCAGAAAGCAAAGUGAGGAACCUAUCCAGUAUGGUGUUCCUAAUAAAGAGCUUAGUGAGUGAAUAGUUAUAUUUGUCUAUAAAUAUACACUGUAGUGUGCAAAAUGUUAUGUUAUGUUAUAUGAUCUGUCUUUGACAUGUGUUCAUGAAUUAUUGUGCUUUAAUACUAAGACAAUGCUGGUAGUUUGACAUGUUUGGUAGACGUUUGCUUUCUUACUGGGAGUUAAGAGGAGAACAUCAGUUUAAUUUCUUUGUGUUCAUUAAAGAAGUGUUCAAAAUGUGUUUAUCUUGGCCAGUUUAGCUCAAAAAGGAAAGGCAAGAGCACAAAAGUGCACACAGUAUCAUCUGUAUUUAAUACACGCAGAAACAAAAAAAAAAAAACCAAAACAUUGUGGUUUGACAAUCAGUUAGAUUGUGCACUGAAGCUAUUGACCAGCACACGCUAGUUAUGGUGUUGUCCACACAGUAAGGUUGCUAGCUGUGGAUAAUUUUUGUCCUUUGACCCAAAACUCUGAUGAUUCUUCGAUGUAUUGAUAAUUAACAAGCCCAUUCACAAGGUACAACAUGUAAACAAGACAGUUUUCCCUCCAGCUUUUUACCCUGCAUUCAGUCUGUGUGCUAAGCUGGGCCAAGCACAUCCUGAAUCUCAGGUGAACACAGAGAUAGAACUGAUAAUGACCUCCUCAUCUAACUUGGCAAAACUUGUUUUUGCUAUCAGUGUAUUCAGUCUAUAACUAGGGUAUUGGGACACUGUGAUGUAAUCCAUGUAAAGGUUUAAAAGGCUACUAGUUGUACACUGAUGAGCUAAAACAUUAUGACCAGCGCUGCGUAAUAUUCUGUUUCUCCUUAACGUGCCACUGGCCAUGGACUCUACAUAAAACCCAGCUGUCUGACCAUAACGAUUUGUCAGAGUCGGUCAGGUCUUUACACCUGCCCAUUUCUCAUGCACUCAUCACACUACUGUCCUCAACUAACUGUUCACACACCACCUGAGAUCACCAUCUGAUAUCACUCAUGUGCUCUGGUUAUGAGAUAAUCAACGUUCUUAAUUUCAUCUGUGAUCAUAAUAAUGUCUUGGCUCAUCAGUGUAUAAUAUUAUUUUAGUUAUUUAUCAGGUGGUCUUGGGACCAAUUAAAGCCAUACGAUCUAUGCAGUUACUAAUUUACUUUAAAAUGUAUACUCUUAAAGUUUGUUGAGUCAUUUACACUUUUCUAGAGAUUUUUUUUUUUUUUUAUCAGAAAUGAUUUGUCUAUAUUGUCAAGGAGCUUGUUUUCUAGUUGAUUUGCCAACACUGGAUCAUUUUUAUUUUGCUAUUUGAAGUGAGUAUCAUGAGCAUCAAUUUCUGGGUUGAACUAUGCUCAGGAGAAGAUGCUGUGGUGAGGUUUAAGUGAUCAAGAGUCAAAGUUAAGUAUCAUUAUACAAAAUAGAAGAAAUUGUUUUUUCUCAUGCAGGCGUGUGGAUAACAAAAUCAUAGUCUUGUUAGCUGUUCACUAUUAACAAAGACUGGUUUAUAUGUAUGAAAGUGAACUAGCAUGAAUUAUUAGUUUUAUCAUUUAUUGUUUACGAGUGUUGGGAUUCAUGUAGCUUAAGAAUAUAAAGACGUCAGGCUACAGCGUUAAAAUCACUGACAGGUGAAGUGAACAUUGAUUAUGUCAUUACAAUGGCACCUGUCAAGGGGUGGGAUAUAGCAGGCAGCAGGUGAACAGUCAGUUCUCAAAGUUGAUGUAUUGAAAGCAGGAAAAAUGGGCAAACAUAAGGUGAGAGCAUCUCCCUGUGGGCUGUACGCUUGAAUGAGUGACUUAAAUUUGUUGAUUUACAGUGUCUUUCAUAUUAAUAUAUCUCAUCUUGCUAUUUAGAUUAUAAUGUAAUGUCACAUUACAUUCAUUUUUUUUUCCCCAAAAGCAUAAUUGAUGACUUGGGAACUUGUUUUACCUUGCAGGGAUGUCUAUAGGGAUAUAUAUAGAUGAACUACUCUUGACCAACUUUUAUAGUAGGAAGGUUACAAAACUGAUUGGGCUUUGGGAUUUUUGGGGGGAUUUUUGUGUGUGCGUGUUUUCUUUUAAUGUAUUAUACUGUAAUCUAUUUUGAAAGCUGAAAACAAGCACGAGGAGUGAGGAAAUCUCAUAAGGAGUCAUUGUCCAUGUCAGUCUUCCACUUUAGUGAUUUUACCUGCACGUUUGGGUUUUCUGUUGCAUUAUAAACAAUGUGGUGUUCGUGUGAUGAAUCAUGCAGGUUGUUAUAGAUUACACAGAGCUGCUGAUCUCAUAGUUUCAACCAACAGUUUGUGAAAACAUGAAUAACACAUGAUAAAUUGAGGGGUUUGAUGACAUAAACAAGAAAUAAGCUUAUUAAUAAGAUUAAUGGGCUGGCCAGCUGGUCUAGUUAAAGGUAAAAUUAUUGGUCACAUGAACUGCUUCGUACUAAUUGAAUUGAAGUCUUUGAACUGCUGUUAACAAUUGAAAUUUCACACAGAAAUUUAACAUCACAAACAGCCAUACACAGUGGCUACACGUAGCUUACUUCCAGCAGCUCGUUGCAGUUUUGUGCAGCAGUUUUCAUUACACAUAAUUAUUCACACUGAUGGUGGGUGUUCGCUGUCAAUAUCAUAAUUCAUGCUUCUGUAACAAUAUGUGCAUUUUCAUCUUAAAGAGCUUAAUAAAGGAGGUUUUGGUUUCUGUAAA